AUGUCCCUCAAAGAUGAUAAAAAACCUGCUAUUUUUGGCGUGCAGGGACGAAAAGUGGUCGUUGGUUUAAAAGACACCAGCGACUACAUUGAACCGAAGAGAGAGCAAUCACAUCUUAGUGUAACGUCGAGGCAUUCGGUACGGGUUACAUUUCAAGAACUACUUCAGCGGGAAAUAAAUAAAGCUUUGCUUAGUCGUUCCCAUUACCAUGUUUAUGAUGUUAAGGGAGGAAAGAAUUCAAAGGAAGUUACACCAAAACCGAUUGCAUUAGUGAUUGAUCGACCGCGUCACCCUCUAUUAGAUUCCAAAUUGCCAGAGCUAUCUGAAAAGGACACUGGAAGCUAUCGAAGUACGCGUAGCGGUACAAGUUCGAUAAGUCGUCACAAAUCUACACGUGGAUUGGGAAUGAAAAUAUCUAUUGAUGAUGUCAUACUGGGGAUUGGCAGUGAUCGGUUGCUUUUCCAUUUCGAUCCAGCGUAUGCACAAUAUACGCUUGAAUCUGAUUCCUCAUCGUUAGAUGACAGUUUACCCGAAAUGACGAUAUAUACUUUGCCGUUUAUACGCGUUAUCCUUUGGAAAACGCAGCUGAUACGCUUAUACGAGCAAACGAGCGUUACGGUGCCAGGAGAUACGGAAGAAAGCAAAUUGGUUUUGAAGGAUAAUGAUUUGUACGAUUACUUGACAAGCCAUCGGGGAAGAAUGCGUCGCCGUUCGGAGGCCGAGGCUCAGACCAUUUUAGCAUUUCGUAAAACACGUGAUAUCAACACCGAUCCCGUUAUGAAAACUAGUACGGCCAGCUACGUAUCGUUUUAUGAAAUGUUUGACACAUAUCGAAUGUUAAGCAAAAUGGGUACAUCGAAGCCAAGCGCUGACGAGGAAAAAUCGGUUGCAAUCGCAUUACAAAAGCUACCCUACAAUGAACAAGUUAACGCGUUAGGUCGACUGCCUGCUUUCAAUUUGGCCGGGAUGGUCGUAAUGCGUUUGUUGGCGGGAAAUGAAUAUAGCCGAUCGCAGAAACGUUUCCGAAAAAUGAAAAUCGUUGACCGAAUGGUCAAACACAUCAAUUACAAAUACUCACUGCUGCCGUUAUUUACAUUAUUUCCAUACACUACCGAUGGCAUGCGACGAGCAGUGUGUGAUAUUAGUUUCUGUGCUAAAAAUAGCGAUAUUUUAGCAGUGGCUUACGGCAUUUACUCAUAUUCAGCAGCCAAAUUGUCUAAAACGGGAUCAGUCUGCGUUUGGAGUAUUAAAAAUCCAUGCAAUCCCGAACGUCUAUAUAACUAUGAUUAUCCAGUGGUGUCGGUAUGUUUUUCACCAUACAUGGCCACUUUGCUCGCUGUAGGACUGUUCGAUGGGUCAGUUGAGGUACGCGACGUGACUAAAUACAAUGAGCCUCCCGUAGCUAUAUCACAACGCAGCACAUCGCCUUGCGUUGAUCCCGUAUUGUCAAUUAAAUGGAUCAAGCAGGCCAAAGUGAUUGAUAGCGCAGAAAUUGAUCCGCUGUUGGCGCUAUCACAAGACGGUUCUGUGACAAAAUUUAAUAUAAUUAAUAGCCCAUACUUGGCUGGAUUUAAGCAGACCGUUUUGGAAUGUGUGGAGGGUACACCUGAAGGUCUAAAUUUCACAGUGACGCCAGAAUUAGAAAGACAAACUAUUCGGCGACCGCAGGGUUUAUCUUUAACUAAACAUCCUCUACAGCAGGAUAUCUUUUAUAUUCUCACCGAUGAGGGCUGCCUGCAUAAAUGUUCAACAAAUUAUCAGAAUCAAUAUCUGGAAUUAUUGAAAACGCAUGAUGGUGCUGUAAAUUGCAUGGACUUUUCACCAUGGUCACCGAAAUUGUUUUUAACAUGCGGUAAUGAUUGGUGCAUACGUAUAUGGAUGGACGGAAUUUUUAGGCCGUUAAUAACUAUAAAAAAUUUAUAUGCCCCGUAUCAGUGGGCUAAUUGGAGUCGUACACAUUCUACGGUUCUUCUCGGCAUUAAUCGGAAACAAGUCGAAAUUUGGGAUAUAAGACGCAGCGUCUUAAAGCCCAUGUCUGCAACGUUUCUUGAAAAUUCAUUUAAUACCUUAGCUAAAUUUUCACGCGAUGGCUGCAAUAUUGCUAUUGGUAAUGAGAAGGGCAAUGUGCAUAUAAGUGCUUUAGACGAAAUGCCUUUUCCGCCUUAUUUUCAAUAUGAAGCUUUGGAAAAAGCUAUUUACAAAGCCGUAGCCACUGAUCCGGACUUAGUAAUUGAAUUAAGAAGCGUCGGUUAUUUCGGUUAUCCUAACAAAGCAUGUGUUAUCCCUUAA